AGGAGUGUGGAGCAACGCAUUCAGCACUUUAGAUCGUCCAUUUUGCCUUAUUAGUGUUAUUAUUGAUAGAGUUGGACAUACAGAAACCUGCGCGUGUGCACACCGCAGCGACUGCAACGCCCUUGUACGUAUCUGAGCGAGGAAGAAAAGCUCCUUUGCCUUUGCUUUUGCUAAAUUGCGCCUAUACGCCAAAAAAAAAAACCCUCACACAUGGCCGAUGAGAAAGUUCCACGUUUCUUGCAGCAGACGACGUCGCAGCUGCUGCACCAGCAAGAGGCACUGCGGAAGCGGCGGGAGAUGCUGGAGCGCGAGAGCACAAAGCCGCCCGUCAUGCGCUUCGGCACCAACAGCCCGCCACGCAGCCACAGCCGUCACGGCAGGUCACCGGUGCCGCUGUCGACGUCCGUCCAGUCUACGCCGCCGCGAGGCGACAACGUCCAUCGGGAACUGCACUGGAGCCGCGCCGACGAGGAGUCCCUCGCAGAACGUGUGCCGAUGCGCUUCUCCAUGACCUUUCGUCCUGCCCCGACCCCGGUGGUUGCCGGCCGACCGCGAUCGGCAACGGGGCUGCUCAUUCCUCCCUCGCCCAGCCUUCGUGAGGUGAACACGUUGGACCAAGUGAGUUCGGUGCGGCGCAAGGCGGCCCGAGAUGCGUCGAUGCCGCGCACGGUGUCGCCCCACUCUCCAGCACCGCAGCGGACACGCGCAGAAGAGCACGGUUUGGCCGCGGAAACCAACAGCAGUAGCGACGCUUCAAUGCAGCACAACGCACCCGUUCCAGCGCAAACCCCCGUUCCAGAAAAGCAGGCACCGAGCACGACGGGUGUAGAAUCAACCAACGCGUGCACAGCUGACAGCGCAGAUGCAGAACCAGACGCUGAGCGCGAGGUGCCGCGUGCGGGAGGACGGCAAUUCUUACCAAUACCUCCGCCGUUCCCUACGGCGAGCAACACAGCAGAGAAGAAGACGUCCAAUGAAUCGGCAGAAAGCGGCAGUGACGCUGACGCCGCGGGCAUCGUCGGCUUCUCCAACACCUUCGCGGUGCCUCGCUUCACCUCGACCACCCCGUUGGCAAGAGGGCGCCACGAGAGAGCAGCACCGCCGGCAGAGGAGAGGGAAGAGGAAGAGGAAGAGGGCGUGAGCACGCCCGGCCGACCGGCGGUGGGAGAGUUCCGCACGCCGCGCCCCGUCACGCGUAUGUCCACCUCUCUCACCCCUGUCGUGCGUGACACGGCAACGCAGGCCACCUCUGCUGUCAUCGAGGACGCGGAUCCACAGAACGUCAGCGCGGACAAGAACCACGAGGACGAGGCCGAAGAGAUCGUGUCGCCGUAUAAUCUUGCUGACGACGGCGCGCGCGAUGAGGCUUCCCCUGUUCCCACUCCGUCUCAGAUCAUUGCCAGCCUCGAGGCGUCUGCAGAGAAGCGUCGCGGGGCUCAAGCAACCCCUGCGAUGUCGCGCGACCACGAGGAAGGGAAGCAGGAGAACGCAGAGAGCGUGGCGCGAAAGGAGCGUGAAAAACGAGAUGACGGGUCGGCGUCGCCGACGAACAACGCCUCUGCGUCGCGGUCGAUGGAGCUGCGCACGCCAUCGCCGACGCGCGGCACCAAGGUCAGUCCCACCCCGACCUCCCAGGACCUCAUUCAAAGCGUGCAGGCCUCGGCGAAUCGCCGCCCCUGCGGAUGUGAGCGCCCGACACCGUCGCCAGAGCACUCGCAGCAUCAUCGUCGCACAACACCGUCGCGUCCCACCACUUCGCCGCCGCCCACGCCUGUCCCGCUGUCCGACAAACCCAUGACCGAGUUCGACUCCCUUCAUCACAAGUGCUGUGACCGGCCCACCCCUGUCUCCCUCUCCUCCCAACCUGCUGGCGGGGACGCGCGUGUGACCGCCGCGCCAUCUGCCUCGCCGUGGCCCACGACAGAGAACAUCGUCAGCAGCAUCUUGGCCGGCGCGCAGGACGGACAGCGCCGCGCCAGGGAGGUGGCCGACGACGUGCACGAGGAGGAUGGCGACGUCUCUGAGAGGUUCUCCAACGAGGAGGGCGUUCUCGAACAGCGUGAGGCAGGUGCGGAGUUGUUAACUUCGCCAACUGUCCCACCGCCGUCGUCGUAUCCACCGCAGGAGAUGAACGAGGAGGAAACGACGGCAGUCGAGACGUCGACGUCACCUCUGAGCGUGGCCACGCACACCCCAUCGCCUGUGCCGACGGAGCGGCAGUACGGGGAGAGCGUGCUCGCCUCUGCCGAACGGCGCCGCUGUGGGCGGCCGACGCCCAGUGAGCGCGAGGUGUCUCCCACUCAUCGUCAACCCCAUCCGCGUUCUACCACGGACGAGGCAGGAGAAGGAAAAGGCACAAGCGCCUCCCCGCAGCUGUCGGCGCAGCAUCUCCUGGACAGCCUGGACGUCUCCCUCGGCACAGGCAACGCGCGCGAGAAGCCCGCCGAACGGGUGACUGCAGUGGGGGGAGAAGAAGAAGAGGGGGUGGGGCGCCGUGCACGAGACGUCACCUCGAAGGACAAUGCGACAGGCAAUGAAGUCUCGCCACAUAGAGGCAAACGCACCUUCUCGCCGACGCCGACGCGGCAGCACGUCAUGGCGAGCCUGCAGGCCUCUGCUGAGAAGCGCACUCGGUCGACCGCCGUGGCGAUGUCCAAAGCGUCGGGCGACACGAGCCUUAACGGCAGCCGCACCACCGGCGUCUCGCCCAUCUCGAACCCCUUCCAGUCACCCGUCCUGACGCCGCAGAACGUGAAGGACAGCGUGCAGAAGCUGAUGGGCGACAAGCAGCAGCAGACUCGUUCCGACGCGCAGGCCCCACGGCGGCCGUGGGGAGAGAGUGGUCCGAGCACGAGUGAGGCGAACGGCAACUCCUCCGCCUCACCCGUUGUGACGGCGGAGGACGUGGAUAUGAGUUUGGCCGCCCUCGAGCACGAUCAGCGUCGCCAGUCGCGCUCUACUCGCGUCGAACGGGACUUCAAUCGGCCCUCCCCCGCGUCACUCUCUGGCAACGGGGCGAAGAGUGGCGCUGCGGUAGAGAGCGAAACCUCAGUUUCUCAGCAGGCCGCCGCGCCGCAGCAGCCCAUGGUCGAGUCUCCUGCCUUGUCUGACGUCGCUGCCCAGUCCGCCAUGUUCUUUGAUUGCGUCAGUGUCCCCAUUACCCCCGCUGUGCCUGCAAUCGAAACGGUGGCUGCUACUCGGUCCACGGCCACGACUGUGGCGAUGGUGACGAACGUCGCGGCAAGCACGUCACACGUGCCGGCUCAGUUUCUCGCGCUGCAGCGCGAGAUUUCGGCUAUUGAGCAGGGCCGCAGCCGCACCCGCACACCCCCUCCCCUCCACGCCUAUGAGGCGAGUACCCCCCUUCCGCCACCGGCAUCGCCGAUUGGGGGAGCGAAGGGAGAGGAGGACACGCCUCGGGUUGAGGCCUCGACGGAGCUGGCGAUUACUUCGCCGGAUGACGUUGCGAACGACGCAGUGGCACCGGCAGAGCAGGGUCGUCGCAGCAGUCUGGUGUUGGUGCAGCCCACCCGUGGCCACCAAGCCCUCAUUCAGCACCCCCACAAGCCGGCCCCAGUGGUGCCCCCGCCGACGAUCAGCCCAGUUCAGGUGCCCCGCACGCCCACACCGCCUCCGCGUCCCCCGCAAAUUGCGUCUGACCAACGGGAGUGCCUACCGGGAAGCCUCAAGAAAAAUGCGCUGCCGAGCGAGGAAAGUGGAGAAUCGCCGCUGCCCAGGCCGGUCUCGCUGCGGUCGCAGGUCGCCUUACCAAAGCAGCCGCUGCCGCAGCCAACGGUGCAUCACUCGCGCAGCCCUGCUCCGGCGUGGCGGGUGGCUGCUGCAGCGGAGCGCCCCACCGCGUCCUUCCGUGAAGGAUACAUCCAUCCACACCAAGAAGCGGAGGAGGAGCAGCGUGUUGCGCAGAUUCGCCACGGCCACAGCGCUGUUACGGCCACGGCUGCGACCGCUGUGGACAAUGACACCAACAGCGGCACACAAGAGGAGGAUCUCUUCGACUCCCGGAACGACUGGAUGGACCUCGUGGAGCCACUGCGGCCACACACCAUCACGGUGUCGCCACAGGGUGGGGCCGUGGUGUACACGACACACGCGCUACACGACACCGAAGAGGUAAACAAGAGCAGCAGCAGUAGCAGCAGCGAGCUCGAUGCGCAGAAGCAGCCGACGGGUUCGCCUUCACCGUUGUCUCGCAAACGCAGUCGCAGCGCACGCACGCCACCGAUCAGCGCGACAAGAGCUCCUCGUACGGCGGCGGCGGCCUCCGUUAGGACUCCCGCGAGCGUGGCGCUCACGAUGGACGACGGCGUCUCCACGGACGGAAGAUCGUCCGAUUUGCUGACCCACACGCCCAACGCGCACGUCUCGCAGACGCCUCGCAGCUCCACGAGAGGGCGGCGGAGUCAGGCGGAGGAGCUCAUGGCGAUGCUGCCCACCGAUGUGGCUGCUGAGGUGGCUCGCAUGUCGGGGGCGGAGGAGGAGGAGGCGGACGCCGCAGCGGAGAGAACGUCCGCUACACAGCCGUCGACGGGAUCGCCUGCAAGCCGGCGCAGCGGCCUCUCCGAAGAUGAAUCGACCUCUCCGCAGCUGUCGACCAUCUCUCAGCGCGUCUCGCAGCGGCCGCCACGGGUGCAUCGCGGCCGUGACUACUACAUCGAGUACCUGGAGGGCAUCGCUCGAUCAAGCGCCAAGAAGACGCGGGCGGUGGCAGCACGUCGCAUGCAAAAGGCGAUCGCGAUGGAUCUCGAGACGGCAGAGCGGCCACACUGGCACACAACGGAUCCCGUGGGGCCGUCUUCGAAGGGAGCGAAAGCCGCACACGUUGCCGCAACCUCUCCGGCGCAUCGCCGCCGCGGCUCCCUGUCCGCCACCGCCCCCUCAGAGUCUCCUUACGCUUCUUCAGAUGUGAUGCUGUCACCCAUGACGCCCACACCAGUGCAGGGCGGGCGACAAGGACGGUCGGUGCUGAGGGUGUCGACUCGCCUGUCGACGGAGCUGCAGCAGGCUCUGCUCCGCGAUGUAGCCGCAACAGAGGAUCAAAAGGGCAACCCUCGAAGGACCGCAGCAACGCCACCGGUUGCAAACAAGACGGCAAAGACGCCUGCUGCGGCUGCUUCGCCGCAGCGCGGCAGUCGGGCAAAAGCAGAUCGUUCAUCUCCAACAGCAUCCCACGCGCCCACUGCCACCAAGACAGAACUAGCGAAGAAGGCGAAGAAGGCAAAGAAGGCGCACAGCAACCGUGGAAAGAAGACGGUACGUAAGUUUGUGACGGCGAAAUCGCUGAGAUUGGUGAAGCGCAGGCCUCAGUCUGCUAAAAAGCGUUAG